AUGCUUGCGCGCGCACUCUUUGAGUGCCACAGCUUCUCGUUCGCGCAUCUGUCGCGGCAAGCCUCGCGCCGACUCUUCCACCACAACCCGCUCAGGCCUUCGCCCUCAGCCCUCCGAGCAAGUGCACCAUCACUCUCACAGGGGUUCUUAAAGCGAUCCGCGCCAUGGGCUUCAAGUAGCAGAAGCUUCACGCUCCGAGUCGCGGCACCCCGCCGUGCAUUCGACCCCCGCUUCUUCUCAUCGAAUGCGGCGCAGUUCAGCACCGGCGAGCUCCCUGUACUCUCGCCGCCUGCGGUGGGAGGCUGGCUGCUCGCGUCUGCCGGCCUCGUAUUCGCGGUCAUCGUAGUCGGAGGGGUAACACGUUUGACCGAGUCCGGACUAAGCAUUACGGAGUGGAAACCCAUCACGGGCGUGCUGCCCCCGCUCGGCCGGGCGGACUGGGAGGAGGAGUUCAACAAAUACAAGGCCACACCAGAGUUCAAGCUACUGAACCACGCGAUGACCAUCGACGAGUUCAAGAACAUCUUCUACAUGGAGUGGGGCCACCGCGUCCUCGGCCGCAUCAUCGGCGUCGGCUUCGUCGUCCCGCUCGCCUACUUCGCCCUCCGCAAGCGCCUCACCGCGUCCCUCCCCCGCCAGCUCUUCGGCAUGGCGCUCCUCAUCGGCGCCCAGGGCGCGCUCGGCUGGUACAUGGUCAAGUCCGGGCUCGAGGACGCGCUCAUGGACACCCCGGGCGCCGUCCCGCGCGUGUCCCAGUACCGGCUCGCGGCCCACCUCGGCACCGCCCUCGUCCUCUACGCGGGCAUGUUCGGCACCGGGCUCGCGGCCCUCAUGGACUGGCGGUUCGCGCACCGCGGCGCGUGGUCGGGCACGCCGGACGGCGCGCGGUGGCAGGAGGUGCUCGCGAGCCCGCUCGUGCGCAGGUUCGGGGCGCGGGCGAAGGUCCUGACCGGCCUCGUCCUCAUCACGGCUCUCUCCGGCGCGUUCGUGGCGGGGCUCGACGCGGGGCUCCUGUACAACGAGUUCCCGCUCAUGGGCGGAAGGCUCGCACCCCCGGCGGACGAGCUCUUCGACCCCGCGUACGCGAAGCGCGCGGACAAGUCCGACCUCUGGUGGCGCAGCAUCUUCGAGAACCCGACGACGGUGCAGUUCGACCACCGCUGCCUGGCGAUCACGACGUACGUCGCGACCACCGCGCUCUACUGGACGACGCGCCGCCCGGCGCUGGCGGCGGCGCUGCCGCCGCUCACGAAGCGGAUGAUGGCCUCGGCGCUCGCGAUGGUCAACGUGCAGGCGCUGCUCGGCAUCUGCACCCUCCUCUACCUCGUCCCCGUCCCGCUCGCGGCCGCGCACCAGGCGGGCAGCGUCGCGCUCCUCACCACCGUCGUCCACCUGCUCGUGUCCCUCGGAGGCCCGGCGCCGCGGCACAGCGUGGCGGCAGGCGCUGCAGAAGGCGCAGAGUGCUUCCGCCGCUGUCCGAAGUAG